AUGAAGUUCCUGCUGUUCGCCGGUCUGCUCCUGUUGGCCGUCUCUGUGAUGGUGUCCGGCUCUGGCCUCCGGAAGUGCUACGGGUGGAAAGUGGGCGUGAACUGCCCCUACCCACCCCAGCACCAGUGCUACACCAACUACGAUUGCAUCGACCAGUACAAGAGCACCUGCUGCAUCGUCGUCUUCAGCCUGACGCUGGCUCUGCUGGUGGCCCUCUGCCUGGCGCAGACGGCAGACCAGGGCCGGUUUGGCGGCUUCGGUCCCGGCUACGGCCUCGGACCGGCAGGAUACUCUGACUUCGGACGCUACGGACGGCUGGGCGGACUCGGACUGGACGGCCGCUUCAGAGGGUACGCCGGAGGUUUCGCCGGCCCGCUGGGUGGGUACUCCAGCUCGGGCCGCAGCUACAACAACUACUGGAACGGCUACGACGGUCGCUACGGCGGUACGGCCACAUAUCCGGAGAGCUACGGCAGCUACGGCGGCAACGGCUUCGGUGGCUUCUACUAG